AUGGCAGCGUCGCGAAGAGCUCAGAUCCAGUCGCUGUGCGGCGUCCGUACUGGGCCGCUGAUCGAUCGCGUCGAGUCCUACCUGGCCGCAGUGGACAUCUGGUCGCGUCGAGGCAACCAAAAGGCGGUCAAGAAUGCAGGAACGGGCGUGGUAGCCAUCUGCUGCUACCUUGCAGCCGAGAGCCUGGAUGCUCAAGUUCCGGAUCGCGGCUCAGCCAUUCGGGCGAGCGGUCUACCGCCUGCACAAUUCGCGACUGCCGAAAAGGAGUUCAGAACAGCAGUGCAGUCGGCUUCAAGCGCAUCCUCUCAAGCGUUGUCGGGUCCGUCCGAUAACAUGAAUAGCGCAUUCGGGGCGAGCCUGACCGCGACUCCCACGAAGCGGCCGAUCCGAUCGUCUCCGCUCAAGACGCCAGUCACUGCGAGCAGGAGCAAGGAAGCGCUGCUGGCCAAAGCGCAGGCCAUCCAGGCUGGCGGCCUCUUUGAUCAAACAAUGCGAGCGACACCUGUUGCCAAUCCAGCUUCAGCCAGCAAGAACAGAGUGACAGCGUCAGGCGCUGGCAUCGACCCUCAGAGUGGCGCAAGCACGGCAGCAAACGCACCUAGAGAUCGCGAAGACGCAGCAGCCAACGGAGACAUCUCCACCGAAGGUCAGCCAAUGCGAAAGAAGCCGAGAAGGAUGGGCAAGGUCGUCUUUGGUCUAGCGAUACACUCAAGUCUCAAUCGUCUGGACGAGCAAGAGGAAGCGAACGACGAACGACGACGUCGCAACCGCAUCGUCCACAUUCAGUCGGCCAUCGACAAGCUGCGGUCUUCGAAUCCCACUUGGCGAUAUCUGGAUGCGCCGAGGGACUUCCUCGUCACUAUCUCGCCAUCAGAGCGCAAUGUCAAUCCGUAG